AUGGAGACCUUUUACAGAGACAACAGCCAGCUUCUUUUUCAGGGAAGUGCGGCUCCUGACGCAGUCAAGAAUGUGAGCGUGUCACCAGCGAAAAGAGAAUGCUGGAACCAAACUCGAUGGCAACUGGAAAGUGUGGGCAAGCAAGCCUCCAUAACCGCCGAGACGGGAAAUGUUCUUCCGGUAGGGUGUUUACGAAAUCGGUGUAGAGAUCGCAUGCUCAAGGAAGAGUGUCAUGGAGGCAACGAUCUCCCAGACGACAGGGAACAGGAGCUGACCAGAGACGAAAAUGACGAUACGCCUUGGUCUGUAACAGCGAAACAAAACGCUCUACACUCCUCAGAGGACAGGACAGGGACAUUAGGAAGAGUUUAUCUUGUUCGUCCGAAACUAUCGAAAAGAAUGUCGUACACGCCACUGGCCUCGCAACUCGGGGAAAAUGGCGGCUGGAUCGACGUCGCCUCCCUAGCUGAAGAAAGUGGACUUUCUCCGGUAGGCUUUAAGGGGUGUCACAGCCAUUGUGAAGCUCCCACCUCCUUGGAGGGUGGCGUGUGCGGCAGCAACGAGCUUCUGGAAAACGACGAAGACGAUUCGCCCGAUCGGUUCCGCAACUGCCUCCAACUGUUAAAGGCCUUCCCUAUGGCGCUGAAGGUUAUGAAAAAACGCCAAGUUCUUGCUCUGGGUCAGGAGAAGCAUGUGAUAGCGGAACGGAAGAUUCUCCAACAGCUCAGACACCCGUUUAUCGUCAACAUGAUCUGUUCAUUUCAAGACCGGCGACACAUCUACUUGCUGAUGGAGUUCGUCAACGGCGGCGAGCUUUUCUCACUCUUGCGGAGUGAAGGUACUUUAACAGAGAACAGCGCGCGGUUCUACAUCGCCGAAAUCAUCUUGGCUCUCAACUAUCUCCACGCCAGCAUGAUCGUGUACCGCGAUUUGAAGCCAGAGAACAUUCUCCUUGACCACAUCGGCCAUGUUAAACUGGUUGACUUCGGGUUCGCCCGCUCCUUAGAUCCGCUGCCUCCGCCCACACGCUCCCUACCUACAGAUUUCGGUUCCACCAAAAGCAAAUCCGCAGCUCGGAAGCUACAGAAUCAGUCCCUAUCACGAGCAGAAGCUCCUCCCCAAGGGGGUGGGCGAGGUUUUGGCUCCUUUCAUGGGCGAGCUGAUGAUCUGUAUCAAACCGAGUCUGCGGCCCACAGUACCUGUCAAGAGCAAGCAGAACGCUUACGCGUUUAUUCUUUGAAACACGGACCGGAUGGAGAGGCGGUGUGUCUAUUAUCUCCUUUCCUUGUGGAGCCACCGCGGAAGCACAGAAACGGUAGUCCGCGCUCCAGAGAUCCCCAUGAGGAGUCGGAGACUCUCGCCUCGCCAUCAAUGGUUGGGGGUUUAGGCGCGCUGCCAGUCCAGAGCCAAACGGUGCAGCUUCUUAGGCAUACCGCCAACAAAAGAGCUGUUGGUGCUGACGGCGAGCCUACGAAAAAUGUGUUCCCGCCUUACUCUUCCGCUUUUACGUUUACUGGGACGGAGAUCGACGGAAGUGUCGCAAAAGAGCAUGGGCUCUGCGGGUUCCGGCACAACACAGGAGGGGGAGGCGCAGAGGUUACAAAUGGAACGAUGUUGGAAACCAAAAUAGAGAAGCAGGCGCUCCCUGGUUGCGGGCGAUCAGUCAAGUGCGGCACAUCCUUUGCUUUCAUAGACACCGCGAGGAGCACAUGCGCUGAUACUGAUAAAGAAAAUCCCCACUUCCCCGCCUCUCGAACAGCGACGUUACCGUACGGGGCAUUCGACAUCACUCCCGCAGACGUGAACCAGUUAGAUUUCGGGGUGAAACGAAACACUCCUUCACAUAUCUUUCCUUCUGCAGAAGGUUGUAUCUCAUCCGUUCCGACAGGCUCAUUGUGUGGUAUCUCCUCGUAUCCCGGCUGUCUCUCUGUGUCAACGUCUUCGCAUGGGUUCCUCUCCAUUCCCGCUGUCACGUCGUCUGAUCAUCGGAUCCCCGACGCGUUAGUCGCUUCACAGUCUCCACGUCGUGUAUCACAGGAGCUAUACACUCCUCCGCUCAAGGGGCAGCUUCAGAGCGCUCAAGUCCACGGACAUUCACACCAGCACAGCGAGAACCACUGCAGGCAUCUGACUAACUUCGGACCAAGCCAGCAAACAUCGCUUCUUUCAACUCCAAACUACGCAGGAAAGUGCACUUCCCUGUCCGAGUCGCACCCACUGUGUGAGCUCAUCUACGGAAAAGGAAAACAGGGCGAAGGUGACAUUCCAGGGGAUGGAAUUCCACCCAACGGGGAGUCGUGCUUCCCUUUUCUUGCCCUGGCACGUCCCACGGGCGACCACGGCAUUGGACCUUACGAAAGUGGAAGCCAGUCGGCUCAGCUUAUGUGGAACGGACAAGAGAAGGAGAAAAUUGAGAAACGGGCGGCAUCAUGCAGCCCAACAGCGUGGUUUUCCUGCCACGAAAGCGAUCCAUCAUAUCCGGCAAGGCGUCGAUCAGUGCUCGUUACGCUUUACGACACGUCUGAAGGCACACCCGGUCAACGGGGGAAAGGCCGGAUUUCUGAUGUCGGGGAAGGGCGAAGGGAUUCCUACGGGCUUGCGGGCAGCAGUGAAUCUGUGGAUUUAGAAGGACCAGCAACACGAGCGUCCAGCUGGAGCUCUAUCCAGUUGGAUCCAGCGUCGACCCGUGCGCCGCUGAACCAGGCAGAAUUCGACGAUGAUUCGGAGAUGGAACUUCCAGGGAACGGGCUGACAUCUUGUCUAAGACGAGGAUCUUUAUCGCGACGAGAAACAGCGCCUCCGUUUCGACCAAACGCGGACAGGAAGCAAGUAGGGGAUUUCAGAGGGGACACAGACAGAGACACACCCUCGACAAGUCCUCAGUCGGAAGUGCUGACUGCGGAUAUGAACCGACGGAAAACCGUAAGGAAAGAUUCAGAGACCAUGGGAUCGAAGGUAGGGGACCAGUCACCUCCCCCGACUUGUUCGUACCACCGUCUGAUUUCUUCUCCGGAGACCGCUCCUGCCUGUGUAGCAGCCACAGGUCGCCCUGGUUGUUCAAGGAACUUUGCGGAAAAAAUCACUUUUCAAUCCGACGAAACAAAUCCCUCAGAAAAAUGUGAUUCGUGGCAACCUUGCCAUCCAGGCUGUGGUUUAGCAGACUCGUUGUGGUCUGUGAUAAGGCCUCACGACCGUCCGCUGCGACAAGAACAAAGCUUGCUUCUCCGAACCGGAAACAACCGUAGCUCCCGAGUCCAAGAUGCCACCGUAACUGGCAGAGAGGAAUCGUCGCUGUCCUUGGAUGGAAAAAUCUUGAAGGCUCCACAAGCAGGUGACGCGACAUUCGGACACUCUUCGGAUCCUUCCAAUGCACAGAGCCCUAAAGUAGUGAAGACGGAAUUCGCAGAGAAGGACCAGUCUGCUGCAGUGAGACAGUUAGAACCCGAAAACUGCAACAGGAAGACGUUUCCACGGAAUUCAGAGAUAGUGUCCUACGAUACUACCCAUCCUUCUGUGACACGUCUCCCGGGGGAAUCUGCUUUCGCAACUGUCUCCUCGUAUGACGGCUAUUCGUCACCGACCGGUGCAGAUUCUCCCGUCUGUCGCGCGCCAGGCGAUGAAUCCGGUUCACUCACUUUUGUAGGGGAUCUUAGCACGGCGGUUCCUCUUUCACCGCGUGACGCCGCGACACAGUUCAGCUCUCUCUCUCUGCCUCUUUACUCUACGGUUUCCCAGUGCUUACCCUGCGCACAGUUGAACACAACCCCAGCAACGGGGGCAUCUGUCACAGCUCACUCAUCCGCGUCGUCUAACGCCUGCUUCUUGGAGAGUGUAAUAGAUGCGUUGAGGAGCCCUCCAGCCGCUGCGCGUGCCUGCGAACUUGUGCGAAGCUCUCCCGGCGAUGCGAGGAGCUCCCAACUGUUCUCUCCAGUAUCGUUAAAUGCUUGGACAGAAACACGUAUUUCUUCCAUAGCCUCUUCUCCCCGUCUCACAGUGAGCCGUGGCAGCACACACCUACGGGCAUUAACUGUGGGGACCCCCUGUAAAUCUAAGGAACCAGGUGUCGGCACCUGCGAGUCGGCGCUCCGUACCUCCCCAAAUCAUUCUGCGUUAACAGAGAAUCUUCACGAUCGGUGUGAUAGCGCAGUGGAAGUUGGGCAGUUUGUCAGCGCGUCUUCUCCCGGGAGUGCUCCGAGAAUGCUGCUCACUUCUGAAGAAACACCGAAUUCCCGAGAAGAGUUCGACAGUGGCUCAGGAAACGUAGGCUAUCAGAGGGAGUUGGAGCGUCUGCAGGGAUCAGGGGUUGGUGGUUUUCCGUGCGAGUCUUCGCGAAGAAGCUGCUCGCUAGCAAAAAGGCGAAGUCCACCGUGCGAGCUUUCUCGGGAUAGCAGCGACAAUAUUCCUUCUAAAGAAACGGGGACAAAGCAAGCCGGAAGGAGCGCCCAGGCUCGAGGGCACGACGUUUCCUGGGAUGGUGUAAAGAUACAGCAAGCGAGGGAAAUGGAAAGAGGAAAGGACGACAAGAAUCCUCCGACCAAGCCUUCCGAGAUCGAUGUUCUGGGGAGCGGAGACGAGCGUGAGAGGAUUUGUCUUGUGCAUCCACCCACUGCGGUGAAUCCCCAAUGCUUCAAAAGAAAGAGCUGUUCCAGUGCCCGCCACCACUUCCAAGCGGAAUGUCAAGAAAGAAGAUGCAAACCGCGUGAGAAGGAAGCACCAGAGCUCCUCAGAGCUUUUACACUGUGUGGAACUCCGGAAUAUCUUCCCCCAGAGGUGCUUCUUGUUAAAGGCCACGACUGCAAAGCGGACUGCUGGGCACUGGGCAUUCUCGUGUACGAAAUGUUGGUCGGGCAGACGCCCUUCUACCACGAUAAUCCACAAGAGAUGUACGAAAAUAUUCUCCGCGCUCCAGUUCCGUUCAGCCCCUGUCUGAGUCCGAUUGCCAGCGAUCUUGUGGAGCGCCUGCUCCGGAAGAGUGCAAGCAACCGUCCAAGUAUGAAGUCUCUCACUCAGCAUCUUUUCUUCACGUCUGUGAAGUUCGACUGGGCGGCAGCAGCACAAGGUCGCCUGACUCCACCGUUUGUCCCGCCUGUCCGAAGCAAAAUGGAUACUCACAUGUUCGACGAAUACCCGGAAUCCUUUGGCUCAGCAAAAUUCAAGCUUGUCAGCGUCGGCAUCGUCGAUCACAUUUUUUUGCUAAGCGCCGCCUGGUCGCCAACAGUCAACUUCAUUUAG